AUGAGGGGACUGCCACUUCUUCGUGGGGCGCAUCCCUUGAGGGCGUCUCUUCGUCCCGCCAAUUCUUCUCUUCUUCCUCUUCCACGUCAACAUUUCCAUUUGCAAUACUCAACCACAACUUCAAGUGGUCACCGUGCGGCGCCUCUAGAGGGAGUUACAGUGGUUAGUUUGGAGCAGGCCAUUGCUGCGCCAUUCUGCACACGACAAUUGGCCGAUCUCGGCGCUCGUGUCAUCAAAGUUGAGCGACCUGGAGUUGGUGAUUUUGCCAGGCAAUAUGACACGCGAGUGAAUGGAGAAGCCUCCCACUUCAUCUGGACCAACCGAUCUAAAGAGAGUUUGGCGCUCGAUUUGAAGAACAAAAAAGACCAUUCCACGUUGAUGAAACUGUUGGAGAAGGCAGAUGUGCUCGUCCAGAACUUGGCUCCCGGUGCUGCUGCGCGAUUAGGUCUUUCUCACAAGUUACUCAAGGGCAAACAUCCUUCACUGAUUGUUUGCGAUAUCUCCGGGUACGGCCAAGAUGGCCCGUAUCGUGACAAGAAGGCAUACGACCUUCUCAUUCAGAGUGAGGCUGGUAUGCUAUCCGUGACUGGCACUGGCAAGGAGCCCGCCAAGGUGGGGAUCUCCAUUGCUGACAUCGCCGCGGGAAUGUACGCCUACACCAACAUUCUUUCAGCCCUGAUUCAGCGCGGCAAAGACGGUCAAGGCUGCAAAAUUGAUAUAUCCAUGCUCGAGAGUAUGAUCGAGUGGAUGGGCUUCCCUAUGUACUACGCCUUUGAAGGUGCUGCUGGUCCAGUCCCCGCGGGUGCAUCUCAUGCCUCCAUUUAUCCAUAUGGUCCAUUCGAGACAGGAGACGGGCAAACAGUCAUGCUCGGUAUACAGAACGAACGGGAGUGGGCCAACUUCUGUACCGAAGUUCUUUCCCAGCCCGAAAUCGCGUCAGACGAGCGGUUCGCUAGUAACUCACUACGGACACAGAACCGCGAUGCUCUCAGAGAAAUUAUCUGUGAUAGCUUUUCAAAACUCACAGCAGAAGAAACUACCGAGCGACUUGAUAAGGCUUCAAUCGCUAACGCGAACGUCAAUGACAUGCAGGGUGUUUGGAAUCAUGCUCAACUCAAGGCCCGUGAGCGAUGGACCCAAGUCCAAACACCAGCUGGUGUUGUCCCAACCCUUCUGCCGCCGGGAUCAACCAAUGCGGCUAACAAAGGAGGAUUUGGUGCUCAGAUCGCAUCAGUUCCGAAGGUGGGGGAGCAUAACCAAGCUAUUUUGGCCGAGCUGGGGCUAGAAUAA